AUGGAGGUGCUUCAUUGUGAAGCAGCUCUUGAACUUGAGGAGCAUCUCUCACUAUUCUGCUUCGCUUGGACACCACGACGGGACUAUGACGAGCAACUCUUGGGUGAGACUCGAAAGCAGUACCGCAAGUGUGACGGGCACAUCUUCUACACAGAUCAUGCUGCCCCAGGGCCACAAAAGGAGGCAGACUUCAUGCGGGUCAUUGUUCCAAAACAGAGUGUGACACGCAAAGAUGACGGCUGGCUUUACCACAGGAACAUGGUUGGGCUGAUGCCAUCCUGGAAUCAUCUCCUGCAUUCGGACUUUGUGCACCAGCAUGACUGGUUCAUCAACAGCGAGCUGGAUCACUUCCUCAGCCCCGCCAGAGCAAAGGAAACUAUCCUUGCUUACCUCAAGGGUUUGCGAGAAGGAACACCUGAAGAGCAGGCCAGUGUAGAUGGCCCCAUCAUGCUGAUGUGGGGCAACGCCUUUGUCUUCAAUAGAAAGAUGCUUCUGGCUGUGAAAAGCCAAUGGAAUGUGCUGGGUCGAAUUGCUUUGCCAAGUGGGCCAGGCGAGCAAGCUGUGGCAGCAGGCUGCCCCAUGUUCAUGGAGAAUGAGGCAGAGUGGCCUCAAAGCUGUUCCCAAGAUGUGGUCUAUCCAGUCUUAGCAAAGGUGAUCCUGCCAAAGUUCUUUAACGUAACUGUGGGUGCUCCCGGCAGCGCUGGAUGUGGGGCUGGAUCAAAGAAUGGCAACCAGCAGGACUUCCCACUGGGUUGCUGGGAGCUACAUUUAAAUCCCAUUGAUGGAGAAAAGGAGGAUGGUGCCCUCCAGGCCAUUAAGGAGCUCGCACAGAUGAGCCAUUUCCAGGACGCGAGGCAAGCCAGGGAGUACUGUCAAAGGCACAAAUUGGUGGCUGUCCGCGACAACUGCGAUCGUUUCUGGCAGGGCAGGAAGGUGCCGUUGAUUCAUCACCUGCAUACUGUGUCAGAACAAAAGCUGGCGCGCCAAUUGCUGGACCACGACUCUAGCCCAUAG